UCUGGGUGGACGAACGGUGUUUCGGCUGAAGAUUAUUAUAAAAAUCCAAGAUUACUACCACUAUCCCAAUUGUUUAAAGAUUUUGGUAUAAGUGAAGAAACUGCCAAGGAAAUGUUUUCAGAUAAAGAAACGAGCGCUGGUAACGGCCAUUUGGACAUUCCCAUCUUUCACACCGAAGAAGGCAGAUAUCUAGCUAAGUCUCUCGGCGAUCCUUUAAUUAAAGGUCUGACCGAAGUAGCCAACGUAAAGCCAAAAGAUCCAAUCGCUUUCCUCGCAACGUUUCUUCACAAUUUUCCAGAAGAUGAAAAACCUCGACUUGGGACUCAAGAGUCUAAGACAAUCAUUACCAAAGAGGAGGCCGAACUUGAAAAUGAGCAUGCUCCUUAUAAUUAUACCGAAGAUAUCAAAGAAGAAAAACCUGUUAGGAGUGCAGCACUGACUACCACUCGACCUAAUAAACCAAUUGAAGUUAUAACUAUAGAACCUAAGGAUGAAACUAGUCCUGAUGCACCAGAAGCAGCAUUUAGUAGUGCUGAUAGAGAUGAACACGGUCAGUCAAUGCUGCACUUUGCAGCGGCUCGGACUCACACAAACAACGCGUUAUUCCAACUGCUACAGGAGACGGACGUGAGCCUGGGCUAUCGGGAUGAACUGUACAGAACUGCCAGGGACAUCUCAAUACAAGCAAAUGUACUCGAAAACACAGCUGAAAUUGACCGAUUUGUCCUACAUUUGGCUGCAAGAGGUGAAACGGCAAAGUUGUCUGAGCUGCUACUGCAAGGAUAUGAUCAUAUACUGGAUGUAGUGGACGAGAACAAUGUACCAAUAACUGAACUUGUUUCUCAACGAGGCCAUGCAGACACGUCAAAAUUGCUAUCGUCUAUUCCAACUUUUGAGGAAUCUCGGGAAAAUCUACAUGGCGCAAUAAAAAGAGGUGACCUAAAAACUGUCCAAGAUCUGCUCUCAAAAGAAGGGGGUAGGACGCUGGCAAGAGCCCAGAACGCACUCGGAAGGACUUCUCUCCACAUCGCCGUUCUUAUUGGGCAAGAAGAAAUAGUUUCCUAUUUGGCACAGAACUUUCCAGAACUGCUAAGAACUGGUGAUAAUCUUGAACGGACCCCCCUACAUUAUGCGAUGGGCGUCGAAAAGAUGGAAUCGUUAAGUCGCAUUCUAACCAAGGCGGGCGCCAAACGUGUACUCAAGGACCUCAAAGGACGUCAGCCGUCUUACUACUACAUGAACAAAUCUGACAUUCUACGGCUCAAGGAAGAAGAGGAAGUGUAUUUGUAGAAGGUUUAAGAAAAUUAAUCAACUAGAAAAUGUCAUGGACGAGUCUAUUCUAAAUCCCAACAAAUACAACAACAUAAUUAAGCUUUCGAGAAAUGACAAUGCCAAAAAACUGACAUUUAGGAUGAUCGUUCUAAAUUGACAGAUAAUUUUACUGACAUUGAUAUCAUGUAGAUACGAUAUGUGUGAUAUACUUAUAAAACAACCGAAAAAAGUGAUCCAACAGCACACAGACAUAUAGGAUUGAAUGAUUUGAAUGUAAUGCGUCCCAAUCAGGACGCUUUCGAGUCACGUGAUGAGCACGCACAUAGCAUAUUCUACUUCUUUUUAAUAUUUCAAUGGGAAAUGUUAAAGUAUAGGAUACGGAAUGUUAGAUUGUCAUCAUAAGACUAAAACUACGUGUACCUACCUAAGGAUUUUAGUCUCAUAAUAAUUAUUGUCGUUAAAUUAUACUAGAUCAUAAAGUGGUAAGUAUUAUAUAAUAAAUCGCUUUCAUAAAGUAUUUUCAACUUAGAUGGAAAGAACAUAUUUUUAAGAAACUCUUGGGGACCCUUUUAUGAUGAAUAGAAUAGGUAAUUUUUGUACAAAAUGGAUGUCAGUUAGAAUACAAAUACUAAAAAUAAAUGAGGAGAUACUAAACAA